CAGAUGAGGCCUAACCAGUGCCAAGUAGAGAGGGUACUGUUGAAGAAACUCAAACUUCCAAGAAAUCAUGAAUAUGCCUUUCAGUUAGGUCUCCUGGAAAGAGAAAUCAAUGACGUGCUUCAACGACUACAUCAAGAACAGUCAUCUAGCCCAAAAGCAAAAGCUCUCUCCACUGAAACAUUAGAGAAAGAGGAUGAUGGAUACAUUAAUCAGAAAGAAAUUGAUGUGGAGGAUGUCUGUCCUAUUUGCCAGGAAGAACUACUAAAGAAAAUGCUUCCCAUCACUUACUGCAGGUACGGCUGUGGUAACAGUGUUCACAUCACAUGUAUGAAGAUUUGGGCUGAUCACCAAGGUGAAUUAGAGAAUGAAUCUGUGGUAAAGUGUCCCCUCUGUAGAGAAGAAUUUGCACCAUUAAAGCUCAUUAUAGAAGAAUUCAGGAACUCUGGUCAGCUUGUGACUGCAGCAGAGAAAAUGAGGCUUGACAGGCACCUUGGACUCCCCUGUAAUAACUGCAGAGUAUUUCCAAUUCAAGGAAAAUGCUACAAGUGCACGAAGUGUAUUGAAUAUCACCUAUGCCAUGAAUGUUUCAAAAAGUUUUGCCAUCCUCCACAUGUUUUUACCUUUCGGCAGAAGAGAAAUCAGAGUUGGAGAUCACUUAAACACGUUUCACAAUUAUCAGCUUCAAGAGGGAAUUUAAAAAACAUUAAUACAGAAGAUGAAGAAGAGAUGUCACAUCUUCAGAAGACCAAUUGUAUCCCAGAGCACAUUGUAAAAUCUAUACCUUGCACAUUGGUUAGGAAAUGUAGCAAUUUACUUGCUCCAGGCCUGCAGUGUAGACUGUGUUUGAAGAUCUUUUGCCUGGGUCAGUAUGCAAGACUCCUGCCAUGUAAUCACAAGUUCCAUAGGAAAUGUAUUGAUGAUUGGUUGCUGCACCAGAAAAAUGCAUGCCCUGUUGAUGGAUAUAUUGUAUACAAUCCAUUAACUUGGAAGGAUGUUCCAGCAAAUCAUGAUGUCCAUCCAUCAGGCUAUCAAACCAGUCUGAGUAAAAUUGCCAAGCAUAUGGAGCCAGAGUUAUUUGUGCCUGGAAUUGGACUAUUGUCCAAGCAAACACAAUUUGGACAUAUUUUUGAAACUUCUCAAGUUAGCCUCAAACAACUUAAUGGCAGCAAAGAUCCACCAGAUGCUCAACAGGAUUUAAAUUUAACUACCUUAAGCUACCUUCAUCUGGGAAAACCUCAUUCUAGCCAGCAUAGUACAAAUGGACACCUGACUUUACAGUUUUCCAGGCACCUAAAAAAUGUCCCUCUUAGCACUGUCCAGAAAACACAUACCUUGAAAUCAUAUUCUGUUGCACCUAGAAGAGAUGCACAUCUCAGUAGCAUCAGAGACCUAACUGGAAGUAAUGCAGACAGAGGCACAGAAGUGUGUCAAGUUGACUAUGACAACCUGAAGAAAGCAACUGCUGUUAAAGGAAGAAAUGACCAAAGUUCAACAUCUGUAAGAUUUCCUGGGAAUUUGAACUUUAAAGUUAAUUUGGGUACAAUUAACCAGAGAUCAUCAAAAGGGGAGGGCAAGUUUGCAGAAAAAUCCAAACCUGAAAGAAGGCUUUUAGCAAGACUACCUAAACAUAAUUUGAGCCUUAAAACAGAACCAGUUUUAUUAAUGGAAGGAUUUUCACUGAAUAACAGGUCAUGAUGUCACACAAUUUAUUUUAUAUAAAUAAAUAGAUCUUACUGUCUUAAUGCA